ACGAAACCAAGUGAGCGCGAUAAUGACCGGCCGGGCUUACAUCAUUAGUGCGAAGUGGAGGACGGAAAGAGAGUGAAAACACAACAGCCACUGGCUUCGUCGUGAGGACCUGCAGACCAAGAGUGCUUUAUAUUCCACGUUCGGAUGGAUGGAGAGUCCUCGCUGGAAAGUUAUUUUGACCAGUCUAUCGUUGGAGAGAAUUCUCAAUGCCUUUACACACCUGCCAUCGAUUUCGAAGGAGACCUCUCCAUCCGGUCUCCCCUUCACUCCUCCACCUUCAUCUCUGCUCCAGUGGAGCAGAACAAGGCCUUGACAGAAGAUUUUUCUGUAGUGGACCUCAGCUUUCUACCAGAUGAGCUCAGUGUUCAGGAUGAACUCCUACAUGAUGGGGCAGAGCAGCAAGAGCAGGAGAGUGAUGUGCGGGACAGUGGCUUUGUAGGUAUGGCAACCCCAGGGGAACAAAUACCAUCUGAGAGCAGCAUGGCUCUUCCUGGGGCCUCUCCAUUCUGCCCACUGCCCAUGACACCCAUGACUCCCAUGACUCCUAUGACACCUGUUUCUGAAAGUUCCGGCAUUGUCCCUCAGCUUCAGAAUAUUGUCUCCACUGUAAAUCUAGCCUGCAGUCUGGAUCUUAAGUCGAUUGCCCUUCGAGCUCGAAAUGCAGAGUACAAUCCAAAGCGCUUUGCUGCAGUCAUCAUGAGAAUCCGGGAGCCAAGAACAACAGCCUUGAUCUUCAGCUCAGGCAAAAUGGUUUGCACUGGAGCCAAGAGUGAAGAACAGUCCCGGCUUGCGGCCCGCAAAUAUGCCCGUGUUGUGCAGAAACUGGGUUUCCCAGCUAAAUUUUUAGACUUCAAAAUCCAGAACAUGGUUGGAAGCUGUGAUGUCAGGUUUCCCAUCCGGCUGGAAGGACUGGUCCUUACUCACCAACAGUUCAGCAGCUAUGAACCAGAACUGUUUCCUGGGCUCAUUUACCGCAUGGUAAAGCCACGCAUUGUGUUGCUUAUUUUUGUUUCUGGUAAAGUGGUGCUGACAGGGGCUAAAGAGCGCUCUGAAAUAUAUGAAGCCUUUGAAAACAUCUACCCAAUUCUAAAAGGGUUCAAAAAAGUGUGACCUACUGAAGAACCAAAUUGAUGAAUCAUCUGUGCAAAGUAAUAUAUUUAAAGAUCUAAUACCAUAAUCUACAUUUAGAGAGAGUAUAGCAGUGUUUCUUUUUUUUUCCAAAUAAAGAAAUAUGUUAAAUUUUUUUUGUACUUCUGAGCUACAGCUAUGUUUUUCAUAAUCAGAAAAAAUAAUGCAUGU